AGACUCGUCUCAACAUAUACGCCAUCUGCUGGAUAUAUUGAAGAAUUACUUCAUGAUUAUAUAUAAGACUGUGAUCAUUUACAGAAACAUUUUUAACCAAGUAUGAGUAGAAUAUCGAUCGUGAAUUUUACAAUCGGUAUAUAGUCAAAUGAUAAUGAAAUGCAAGCAAGAAAAUCUCUUGAAUUAACACUGGCUAUACUUAAACCACACGUUGUUAAAUCCCCUUUCGUGCUUCAGAAAAUUCGUGACUUGAUAAUCGAAAAUAAUUUCAAAGUUGUUAGAACCCGCAGAACUGUUUUGACAUCCGAAGAAGCAGCAUUGUUUUAUUUUGAUCAUAAAGAUAAGUUCUUUUACAAUCGUUUGUUAACUUUUAUGUGUAGUGGCCCAUCAGAUAUUCAUAUCUUAGCUGCUCAUGAUGCUAUUGUACAAUGGAGAGGAUUGAUGGGUCCUACUAAAACAUAUCAAGCACAAUAUAUAGCACCAAAUAGUAUUCGAGGUAUGUUUGGUCUGUCAGACACUAGGAAUGCAACUCAUGGGUCGGAUUCUCCAGAAGCUGUGGAACGAGAAAUAGCAAUAUUUUUUGAAGACUUUAACAUAAAACAGUGGUAUGAAAGAGAAGAAAUAUUUUAUAACUUAGAAAAAUUACAAUUUGAUCCAGUAUCUUUUGUACAUAUUGUUGACAAAAGUUCUGUAGUUCCUAACAAAAAAUAAAACGCAAGAAGAGAAACAUGCAAAAUAGCUUUGCUAGCAAGUGACAAAUUAUAUAAAAUCUAGUCAAAUAAAUUUAUAAAAUAAAAAUAUAUCAGAGUCAUAAAUUAGAAUAGAUUUGUUGUAUUAUGUUAAAACAUGAGUACAUAUUUCUUGGAAAAAUACAUAUAAUAUAUAUUUCAUUUUCACUUGAAAUUGCAAUGUACAAGCUAAUUAUAAAUAAUGAGACUAGAUAAUUUUCACAUAAAAUGUAUAUACAAGUUAUUUUUUGAUUUGUGAAACGAUUGAUAUAAAGUCAAUUGUGCAAAUACCCUGGAUUCUGACACAAUAUACAACAUUUUAUUAAUAUA